CAUCCCCGUCUCAACCAUCUCAUCAUUUAUAUAUUAAGUGUAUAAUCUAUGCAUCUCAUUUGGUUUGGAAAUGUCAAACAAACUAAAUAUCAAAGUGUGUGUAAUGUAGAAAUAGCCAGUAAUAAUGUAUUUUAAACUCGGGUGCCUUAUUUAUAUGUAGAGAAAUAUUAGCAGUCGCUCUUUUAUUUCAUGCGUUGUUCACUUUCGCCACAGUUUGCUUGCAUCCGGCGGUGAGGGCGGAAGUGCAAUGAAGUCGGUCUGCUUCAACGGGGCCAAAGAUAGGCUCAUACACGAGGCAGACCAGCUUAUCUCCUACAUAGAAAGAGGCUCUACCGUUUUAAAAUUCUUCCCUCGUAAGAGACCCGAAAGGCGUGCACUUUGCGUGAGAAGAGAGACCCAUCAAGUUCUUUGGUCUCGAAUCAAUGCCCCUCAGAGACAGGGCUACGAAGGGGCUCUCGAUAUCCGUGAUGUCAAAGAAGUUCGCACUGGAAAAUCAUCCAAAGACUUUGAGCGUUGGCCUGAAGAAACCAAACGUCUUGAAAGUUCAAAAUGCUUUACCAUUUAUUAUGGAACUGAAUUUAAACUUCGCUGUGCAUCAUUUGUUGCUCAAACAGAUAAAGAGUGUGAAGCUUGGGUGAAAGGUGUACUGUAUCUAAUAGCAGAAGCUGUCAGUGCAUCAUAUCCUCUACAGAUUGAAAGAUGGCUCCGGAAAGAAUUCUAUUCUAUUGAAAACUCCCAUGAAAAAAUAACAUUAAAAGAGGUCAAAGCUUUUCUACCAAAAAUUAAUUGUAAAAUUUCAACAAGUAAGCUUCGAGAUGUAUUCCAAGAUGUUGACACUGAAAAAAGAGGGGAGAUUGGCUUUGAUGAUUUUGCUGUUCUUUAUCAGAAGCUAAUUUUUGAUGAGAAUAAUGUUCAGGACAUAUUUGAUAAAUACUCAGUCUAUUGUUCUAAUGGUACUACUAUUACUCUUAGAGAGUUUCAAAAUUUCCUUAGAGAUGAACAGCAUGAUAACCUUGGUGAUGAUGAAGUACAAGCCUCACAGUUCAUCCGUGAUUACUUAAGAGAUCCACAAAGAGACAUCUAUGAACCUUAUUUCACUUUAAGCGAGUUUGUCGAGAUGCUGUACUCCAAGCAGAAUUCCAUCUAUGACAGUCAGUAUGAUAAGGUUACACAAGAUAUGACCAGGCCUUUGUCACACUAUUGGAUAUCUUCUUCUCAUAACACGUAUCUGACAGGUGACCAGUUUUCAAGUGAAUCAUCACUGGAGGCCUACGUGCGGUGCUUGAGGUCAGGCUGUCGUUGUAUUGAGCUAGAUUGUUGGGAUGGUCCUGACGGCACACCUUUUAUUUAUCACGGGCACACACUGACAACGAAAAUAAGGUUUAUGGAUGUACUGCGAACAAUAAAAGAACAUGCAUUCAUCACAUCUGAAUAUCCAUUAAUUUUGUCUAUCGAAGACAACUGCUCACUCCCACAGCAAAGACGAAUGGCGAGCGCAUUUCAAGACGUAUUCGGUGACCUUCUUCUUGUUCAUCCAAUGGAUAAGAAUGAAACAUCACUUCCCUCUCCUCAUGACUUACGCAGAAAAAUAAUCCUGAAACAUAAAAAAUUACCUGAAGGUGCUGAAGAAAGUUCUUUCGCAGUACGUCAAGAAGAAGGAAAAGAUUUAGACCUACGAAAUUCGAUCAAAAAUGGUAUAUUGCAUUUGGAAGAUCCUGUCGACAAAGAAUGGAAGCCUCACGCCUUCGUGCUCACCGAGAACAAACUUUACUAUACAGAGAGCUACAACAGUCAAGAAGAAACCGACACUGAAAGUGACGGAGACUCAGAUGCGGAAAACGCUAUUGUACCACAAGAUGAAUUACAUUUCGCAGAAUGUUGGUUCCACGGGAAGCUGGCAGGGAAUCGACAAGAAGCCGAAGAUUUGCUGAGAGCCCACGCCCAUCUUGGCGAUGGAACCUUUCUGGUGAGGGAGAGCGUUACUUUUGUCGGUGACUACUGUCUAUCAUUCUGGCGGCAAGGGAAAGUAAAUCACUGCCGCAUCAAGCUCAAACAGGAACGGGGGGUCACCAAGUUCUAUCUGAUAGAUAGUAUGUGUUUCGACAGCCUGUACAACCUCAUCACCCAUUAUAGGUCACAUCCUCUGAGGAGUCAAUUCCUGAUAACGUUAAAGGAGCCAGUGCCUCAGCCUAACAAGCAUGAAGGCAAGGAAUGGUUCCACGCGCACUGCACGCGUACUCAAGCCGAAGAAUUACUGCGGAAGACCAACACCGACGGCGCUUUCCUAGUACGCCCCAGCGAAAAGGAACAAGGGAGCUUCGCAAUUAGUUUCAGGACUGAGAAGGAGAUAAAGCAUUGCAGGGUUAAACAAGAGGGUCGCCUGUACACAAUCGGUACAGUCAAGUUCGAGAGCCUCAUUGAAUUAGUCUCGUACUACGAGAACCAUCCGCUGUAUAAAAAAGUAAAACUCUGGUAUCCGAUCAGCGAAGAAACCGUCAGAAGACUUGUCUCUGAACCAGACGAUAAUACUGUCUAUGGGACACCGGGAUACAUGGAUCCCACGUCAUUCACGUCCAAGGUGACCGUUAAAGCGCUUUACGAUUAUCGGGCUCGUCAAGAUGACGAGUUGUCCUUCUGCAAGCACGCCAUCAUUACAAACGUCGACAAGCCGGACGAGGGCUGGUGGCGGGGCGACUACGGCGGCAAACGUCAUCACUGGUUCCCGGCCAACUACGUGCUUGAGAUUGAGGUUCCACACACACCCGACGUGACCAGCGGUCUAGAAAACGAAUCAGCCGCCCUGGGAUCGUUGCAGAAAGGCGUGCUGGACGUGCUCGGCGCUAUCGUUGAAUUGGUGGUGGGCGACGGGGGAGGCGCGGCGCGGUGGCUGGUGCGUGUCCAGAGCCCCGCCAUGUACUCGCCGUUCGACAUGGCAGCCGCCACCCGCGAGUCCGCGCUCGAAUGGCUCUCGGCCAUCGAAGAGGCCGCGCACAGUGCUAGCGCUCGCUCGCUCCACCACAGGAAAAUGGAACGAACAUGGCGCAUCGCCAAAGAGAUAUCGGACCUCAUCAUCUACUGCCGCUCAGUCACCUUCAACAUCGAACGUCUACGCAUCAAGGGCUUUGUUUACAACGAGAUGUCCUCGUUUCCCGAGACCAAAGCCGAACGCCUUAUGUCUCAGCAAGAGAACACGUUCUUCGUCAAGUACCACACGACGCAACUUAGCCGUAUCUACCCUAAAGGCCAGAGAAUCGAUUCGUCGAACUACAAUCCGGUGCCGUUCUGGAACUGCGGCUCUCAAAUGGUCGCUUUGAAUUACCAAACGCCCGACAAACCGAUGCAGGUCAACAUGGGCAAGUUUAAACAGAACGGCGGCUGUGGCUUUAUCUUGAAGCCACAGUUUAUGUUCGAGGAAGGAUACAAUCCGUGCGAUAAAAAAUCGAUCGAGGGCAAAGUGAAGCCGGUAACUGUGAUGUUGCGUGUUAUCGGGGCGAGGCAUCUGUGCAAGACGGGUCGCGGCACGGCCAGUCCCUUUGUAGAAGUCGAGAUCAUCGGGGCGGACUACGACAGCGGCGUCAAACUCGUCACUAAAACAGUGUCUGAUAACGGACUGAACCCUUUGUGGAACGACAUCUGCGAGUUCGAAGUUGCGAACCCAGAACUGGCCUUGAUCCGUUUCGUGGUACAAGACGAAGAUAUAUUUGGCGAGCCGAACUUCAUAGGUCAAGCGACUUUCCCGCUGUUGUGCCUGCGUAAAGGAUACCGAAGCGUGCCUCUCACUAACGCAUUCUCCGAAGAACUGGAACUAUCCACACUGAUGGUUCACUUGUCAAUUAUAACAGACGGUUGAGAUUUAGUCAACUUUAGAGAACUUUACCUUCCGUUCCAAAGAAUAGGGUCGGGAGUUGGGGCGUAAUAGAACCCGUCGUCGCACGCAAAAGGAACGAAUAAGAACAUUUUUUGAGAAAUGUCUUUGUGCGAUUAAAAUGAAAAGAAAUAAUUUUAAUUAUCUUCGUUUUCCAACGAGCCGACGUGAUUAGUUUUCCAUUUAGCUUAAUUCUAACACAUUUGAAAUCUCAAAUCAUUCUUACGAUUCAAAAACAGAAUCGAUUUUAAUAAUCGUUAAACUGUAUUUUAUGUAUCGAAAAAUCUAUUUAAAAUCAUUCAAGUUGGACACAAUAAUGAAACAUGCAGCCGUUGUUGUCAAAACAAUUAAUUACCCGAUUAUUUGCUAAGGCUCAAUUCCACUAAAUAAAUAAUAUAUUGUACUGAAGAUAAUUUAAAGUUACUUGAAGGAAUACUCAUUGAUUUUUGAGGAAUAACACCAUACUAUCCAACGCAAAUAAAGUAAAAUGGCGUGAUUUCAACACAACAGCUGAUUGAUUUUCGACUGUAAUGACAAAACCAGUGUUCUUAAAUGGGAUUUGGGGUUAUUGCGUUUAACAUUUAAAAUAACUUUAGUGGAAUCUGGCAUAAGUGAUAAAUAACUCAUUUUUACACGAUCGUAACACUUUUAUUUGUAGUGUUAAUCGAAACUGUCGAACCAAAACAACAAUAGUGCGAGAAAUUUUUGAUGUGAAACUUCUUUAGAAUCGUUGUGAUUUCAAACUCGAUGAAACGAAAUGAAACGAAACGAAAAAAUAAGUCCAUAGAGACACAAGCGAUUGGCUUGCCGAAGCGGCUCCGAGCGGCGCUGAAAAAUCACGAAGGGCUCCACACGGUCUCGCGUCCCCGACUAGUUGAGUGUGUUUUUGACGUCAGUGCACGCUGUCGUGGCUCUCGGAGCGCCCUGAGAUACUUUUAUUUCUAUUUAGUUUGUUAUCAAGAGAUGUCGCUGCACGUAAAUUCAACAAUUCCUGAAUCGCGGUGACGAGAUGUUACAUAGUUGAUAGACGUUCAUGUAUUUUUCUCGUUUAAUCAUACUUACCUGGCAACCCUGGCGUUGGGAUACUGUGAUCAUGCAGGCGGUUCCCCCAGGGCGAGGCUUCUCCAUUGCGAUUAAUUUUAUUUAACAUAAGUUCCAAUUCUACCGUGUGUGACUUGCACACACACAUUUUUUAUUUAUUUUAUAUUUAUGAGCAUGUCCGGGAAACUUUAGUAUACCCAUAUGUUGAUGAAACUUAAGAAAAUAUUCGUAAGUUUUAAUCAUACAAUUUAAUAGUUUCUCAUCUUUCUUGGGAAAUUGAUUUUUAAUAUUCCAACUCUCCAUUUGUUUUCUAUUUGAAUCCAUGUAUGUAUAGCAUUUUUCGAAAUUUAUACUAAUCCGUAAAAUGUAGCGAAAUUAUGGUAAUUACUUUUUAUUGCUAUUAAAAUAAUUAUGUCGGAGCGACGGCGGGUAUAUCGUUCCCAACGCAAUCCAUGAGCAUAGAUACUUUUGCUCAUUGAAAGGACCACAAUUUUAACGUCCGGCCUAAUGGAAUACUUGUAAGGUAUUUUUUUUUCUGAAGUUAUUAUAAUUUAUCACAAAACAUGGACAUUCCUAUUUAAGUAAAAGUAUAUUUUGGUGUUAGAGUAGAAUUGUAGACGUAUUAAUGUCUGAAAAUGUGAGAUUAAUCAAAAGGUAUUGAAGUAGUCGUGGCCUAAAGGAUAAGACGCCCGGUGCAUCCGUAUCGUGCCAAGUGAUAGUGCCGGUGUUCGAAUCCCGCAGACGGGUACCAAUUUUUCAAAUGAAAUACGUACUUAACAAAUGUUCACGAUUGACUUCCACGUUGAAGGAAUAACAUUGUGAAAAAUGAAACCCGUACAUAAAAAUUAUAAUUUGUGCAAUUUCUGGCGGUGGGGCUUCUUUGGAAUACGCACGGGUAGUUACCGCCACUACUUCUGCCGUGAGGCGGUAAUUCGUUUUGGUUUGAAGGGUGAGGCAGCCGUUCUAUUGUAGAACUGAGACAGCACCUAUGCCUCUGGAGACAACGUGAACACCUAUCUUGAUGGAUUCGCUGUUGGCUCUGAUGACCACUUAACAUCAGCUGGGCCGUGAGCUCGUCCACCUAACUUAGGAAUGAAAAAGGCAGCAUUUGUUUUUUGCCACUAUAUCCCAUAAAAUAAUUUUUGUACGAAGUUUCUCGAACUGAUUUCGUGCUAAGGAAAAAUAAGCUAAUGCAGGAUCUUAAAUCAGUAAAUGGUAAUCCAAGUAAUCGAAACCAUCGUGUGAGUAUAUUAAAAAUUAAGUCUCACAAUUUUAACAUGCUAUUUGCUAAUGCUUUGCAAUGCUUAACUAUUUAAAAAUAUUUUUAAUAAUUAACAUGUUUAUUUGUAGUUUUUAAUCCGAGGCCAAGUGUAAUGGUAUCUAAAAAUGCUUUUAUUUAUAGUACAUUACAUACAUCAUAAUGUAUAAUAAUAUGAUUAAAAUAAAUAUAGUUUUGAUCAAGUUAAUAUGUUUACUAAAAAUUUAAAUUGAAAUCAUAUUAUAAUAAAUUAUAAUGUAGUCUCAUUAAUCUUGAUUUGAAAACUACAUCGAAUUGUAUCCACCACGUACUAAUUCUAUUGCAGUGCUCCACUAUUUAGGAUAAUUUAAUUAUCGUAAUAAAAGUGUCGCCUUAAAGGUGACAUUUGAAUUGUAGUGAGAUCUAAAAUAGUCUGAAUUUUGUCAUUACUAAUAUUAAUAUUUCCAUGUUUCUUCGAAUACGUUUCUUACUCGUCUUACUUACUUACUUCGUUUACUUUAUUAUUCAAACUAGCACAAUAGAUUCAGCAUAUCAUUCUCCUAUCACAUUUUUAGAUUCAUUAAAUCAUUUUUGUUUUACAGCAUUAUAUAUAUUAAAUUUUAUUAUUAGUUUUAUUAUUUCCUUACCAAAGCAUUUAAAGCAUGAUACAAUGAGCGUACAUAAUAUAAUCGUGUAGCUAAUGAGAAAUAAAUUGUUUUGUAAGUUUUAUGAAAUAGGAACUUAUAUCGAUCAUUUCUUAAAAUAUAGUCACAUUUUAUUAGUGUUUCUUCAAUUUUUUGCAGUAAUUUGUUCGUGUUAAUAUUAUAUAAUUAUUUUAAGCAGGUAAAAUCAUGGGUAUUGGCAAUAUUCAUAAAAUUAAAGUAAUUAAAACGUACAACGGCAAUAAUGAGACUUGAUGAAUUAAAAAAAGAAAUGUCUCUUGCAUUAUAAUAGCAUAGUACCUAUGAGUCUAAAAUUGCAUUUAGUUAAAUAGAACAAGUUACAUGUGGUGUAAAGGGGCAAAAAAGAACAAAUUAAAAAUGACGAAAAAAUCAACAUAAAUUCUGGCAUUAGUAAUAUCAAAAUUAAUCCAUCACAAUUUAUAAGUAUUUUUAUGGAAUUUGUUUUUUCCAUUCGCAGUUUAUACUUACCCAAAAAAACAUUGCAGCUACUGCGUAUUUUUUCCCAAAACAACAGUGUGCUUUUUGUAGCACAUGAAGGUGAUUUUUAAUUGUUGUCUUAAUAAUUAAUUAAACUCAAUGACAGGUAGCCGUUUGUGAAAGGCUUAAGUUCUCGUGGUUUUAUAAUAACAAAGUCCUAGAUUCGGAUUCAAAAUUUCGCAUAUUCCAGUCCCAUUGUCGUUCGAGACCCCGUGAUCGCCGCAUUUUAGAUUCGAAUUUACUGACUAUAAAACUGAUUAAUAUUAUUUUGCGGCGACACUUCGUGAACGUUAUUCCUACAUUCUGUCUCAUAAUAAUUUGGAAUAAUACACUAUAUUAAGAUACUUUACAAGGGAUAAGUUCUACUAAUAAUGAUUUCCUUAAUGUUUUUAAUGACGACAAUUACGGUCUCAUCUAAAACAAACUACUCGUACGGUCUAAUGAUUUAACGCUACACAAAAAUAAUAUACUAAAAUACUCAGUAACUUAGACAAUAAUCAAAUUUCCGAUUUAAUUAUUUCAUGCAUGUUGUAUAUUUGAACGAGGUUGGUAAUCAAUAAUUUCUAAGAAUAUAUUUCAACCCUUGCUUCCGUAAGAUUUGCUUACAAAAAGUUAUCUUUUUUACGAUUAUUUUGAAAGGCAUACCUUAUUUAUUGAAUAAAAUAAAAAUAAAAUCUUUUACGCAUGGAAUACUUCAAUUACUUCAAAUACUUUAAUUUUAUAUAUUUUUAUUUAUUUAAAUUAUAUUAAUAUUCACUUUUGGUAAACUCAAUUAUUGUUUUAUUUAUUUUACUUAUGUAAUAUUAGAAACCCAUAUUUUCAUGUAAGGUAAGUACUAUCAUCGUCAACUAUAUGUCUAUAAAGACUAAAUUGCUAUACAAUCAUGCCAUUCACUAAACAAAUGAGAUAACUAAGAUCAAUUACCUUGAGGAGACCUUGUUGUUGAAAUAUUGCAUUAUUACUAGAACUAAUGCUAGUAUUACGACUACUAUUACUAGUCGAAUAUUAUAAUAUUUACAGCUAUCAGUACAUAAAAUAACUUAAUAUAUACUGUUACCGAUACAUAUUCCAUAUCUAAUAAAAGUGAUACUAAAUGCUUUACCUAUGUUAUACUGUUUCAAUAGCUUUUGAGAUUCUUUACUUUUAAAUUUGCGAUCUAAGUAAAUAAAUAUAUACAAAUGCUAGGAUACUAAUUUAAAUAAAUGUGUUAAUUUAUUUGAAUAGAUACAUAAGUGGUGUAAUAAAAUUUGUGUAUUUUUCAUUGUAAUCUUUUCUGUAGGUAAUGAAUGGGUUAUAUUUUCAUUUAUACAUUUAAAUUUGUCACUGUAUUCUCUAAGAUGUAUUUAAUAUUAUAGAGGCUUAAUUGUAAACAUUCUCAAUGUAUAUUGCAGUAAUAUUUUAAUUUUAUAGUUUCGCCUGGUUUACCAAAUAUGCCUGUUUAAAUUUAAUAAAAAACAAGUGUUGUUUUAAGCCGGUGACGUAAAUCAUGUUUUUUUUUUAAAUGUACAUUAUACAGUUUAAGGUGGUCCUUUGCAGUCACAAAAAGUUUAGUGUUCUUUCCUUUGUUGGAGACUUUGAAGUUUUAAAUUGGGGCUAACAUUUAAUCUAUUAACUCGCUUGUGAAACACAUAAUAUAUUAUAUACUUAAUAUUAAACCGUGAACGAUAACGGUAUAAAACUAUUUUGUGCAUUUUUGAUCACGUGACGUAUUAUUUCAAAACGUUUGUAUUUUGCUAUAAUCCAUGUAUUUUGUAGAUAUUCGAGAAAACAUAACUGUUAAAUCUUUCUUCUAAAAAUGGCUGGUAUUUUAAUGUGUUUCAAAAUAUCUUAUUCGUUUUAUUCUAGAAACUUAUAUAGGUAAUAAUACAAGAUAUUUCUAUUAUCAAUGUUUAUGAUUUCAUGUAAAAUUGGUAUAGUUUAAUGUUGUUAUUUGUAGAAUUACAUAUAUUUAUUCUUAAUUAAAUUUUUAUUUCGAGAUCUGCAUAAAAAAUUAAGUUUUAUAAAGUUACACUUCUGUAGACAAUCCCUAUUUGGACUAAAACUAAAGUUAAAUUUACAAUAGAUAUUUAAUUUUGUCUUGCAUCGAUGGUUACUUUCAUACUGAGAAGAACAAUUUCUUCUACAAUCUUAAAGGAAUGAAUAUAAACAGAGUAUAGCUAGGUAUUCGUCUUAGACAUAUUUAUUAAGAAAUCCCUUAAUUUUUAUAGUUUUUGGUUAUCACAAUCGAUGUAACAAUUAUUUUUUAAAUAGGGUUUGAAAAUUGUUGUUGAUGUCCGUAAGUGACCACAACCGGCUAUCAUCAGAUUGGCCUCAAACUCGAUGUUCCCAAACCCAAAACCAAAGUUCAAUGACCAUAGGAAGAAUUAAUUCGAAAAAGUUAAAUUUGAUUUAUUUUUUUGAGGGAACAGAAUUGUAUCUAUGUUAUUAUUAAAACUAUGUACUCUUAGGGUUUAUUUGUGCUGCUAUUACAAUGUAAAAAUCCACUAAUAACACUUUAUCGUUUAUGGCUACGAAAACUGCACUAUUCGAAACGUUGGAAAUACUAAAAUGUAAGUACUAACCGCGACAUUAAACUAUAUGAGUAUUUUUGAAUUACGGAUGCUAUUUAUGUAAGUGAAAAUCCAAAUAAAAACUACCUAUAUUUUAUUGUAUUAGCUUAUGUUAAGCCAGAUUUACAAUGUUACAUGCAGUCUAUAAAAUUGUAAAUAUUAAAAGUAACAAUAUAAGUCAGUACAUAUAUCUUUUAA